AUGGCUAACAAUAUUCUCAGUAAUGGUCGUAUUCAACAACAAACGAUAAUCUCGCAACGAUUGAAAAAUGACAAAGGAAAAAAAGUACCUGAAAUAUCAGCUAUAGAAAGCAACAAUUGGCUGUUGCAUCGCCACUAUACUCGACACGAGUACAAAACUUGUAAAGUAUUAAUCGAACAGGAAUUAACAAGGUCGAAUGGACAUAAUGAGUACGCGAAUUAUUUAAAAGGUUUAAUACUGAGAAGAGAAGGAAAAAUUCAAGAUUCGUUGAACUGUUUUCAGGCCGCUUAUAACGUCAAUUCAACCAACAUUAAUAAUGUGAAGCAAAUAGCUAAAUCGUUUUUGAUAAUGGGAAGUCAUAAACAUGCAAUCGAUACGUACUUGGAAGCUGAGAAAUUAUCAAGUAUACCAGACUGGGAAAUUUAUUUUAACUUAGGGGAAUGUUACAUGAAGUUGGGGAAACUGUAUGAAGCGAAAAAGUAUUUAAAAAAGUCGAUUGAGUUGACGAAAAAUGAAUUACCGUAUAUUGCUUUUGCAAAAGUUUGUCUCCUUGAAGAUCAUGUUACAGAGGCCCAAAACGCUUACACGGCUGCUCUUAGCGGAAAUCCGGAAAGCAUCAAAGCUGCAUCCGCAUUGGGUCUUUUGUAUCUUAAAAUUAACGAUGUUCAACGAGCAUUUCAACAAUUUGGAAAUGCAGUUGCUCAUUCUCCACAUUGCACCAAGGCAAUUUUACCGAUAGCUUACAUAAUUCAAAACCACCAGGAGUAUGAUGUGGCAUUAUCGAAGUAUAAACUAGCAUCACAAUCGAUUCCAGAAUCGUAUGCUUUAUGGAACAACGUCGGAAUGUGCUUUUACGGCAAGCAAAAAUUCGUGGCUGCAAUUAGCUGUUUGAAGAGAGCUCACUACCUCAAUUCUAUGGCCUUUCUGCCCGCUUAUAAUUUGGGCAUGGUUUUUCUGACCACUGGCCAACCAGCCUCAGCAGCAAUUUAUUUGUGCGCUGCGGUUAGUGCUGACCCAAAAAAUUCAAUGCCAUAUCUCUUGCUUGGACUUGCUCUGAAGCGUCUAGAUGAUCUGGAGGGUGCAGAGAAAGUGUUGGAAAAGGCUCAUGCUCUCUCGCCACAAGAGCCACUGGUAUUAAUUAAUUACGCAAUAGUAUUAGAGGUACUGGGCAAAAGAAGUAUCGCGACUGAACUUUUAACGGCACUGAAUGACAUUACGGCUGUGAUCGAGGUGGACGCGCAGAUAACGCAGACCGCAAAGAAACUGGCAACGAAACUUCAACAGGGAAGAACGAGCAACACGCAGGAGGAGGAGCCGAGGGUACUUAACUCGGACGAAGUUUGA